CGCUGCUCCCCCACAGCGCUAAAAAGCCAACGCAUUGUAACAAAUAUAAAAACACACAAUUCUAACGAGUCGAGAGCCGUAUCUUUGUAUCUGCUAGAUACAAGCGCGCAGUGUGCUAAGACAAACUAAACUAAAACGCACUACAAGUGCCCAACAAAAAAAAAAAGAAAUGUUUUGCAAAAUUCUUUAGAAAAAACCAAUUCAAAAAACAACUGGCCAUAUAAAUGGCAGACAAACGUGUGUGUGCCUAAGAUCAAGAUACUUUACUUCAAACGCAAACCAAUUAAGCUAUAUAUUUGCUAUAUAGUAUAAAAAAUUAUAAAUAAAACAAAAACACUUGUGUUAACACAAAGCAUUCCAAUGUUGUCCUGUUUGGCGCCAUCGUCUUCACGUUUUGGCCAAGAGGAUAACAUACAGCAGAGCAUGCCAUCGUCCACAGCCUUCUCCAUGCAGUUUCCCGCUUUGGCCUCCAGUUUGCAUCAUCAUGCCGCAGCACACAGCAAGAGCAGCAAUGAUGCUGCCGCCGAGCAGCAUCAGCAGCACCAGCAGCAGCAACAUGCGCUGGCCACAGCCGCCGACGAGUUUCUGGUCAAGUGCACACAAUGCCACAAGCGCUUCAAUGAGUUUCAGUCGCUUAGUGAACAUAUUGCCAGCGAGCAUCCGCAUGAUAAGCUGAACUUUGAGCAGCGCUUGGCGCGCGCAGUUCACGUUGAGAGCGAGGCGGAGGACGAGGACGAGCGCAGCAAUUUGAGCAGCAGCAGUCGCCGCUACGCCAAAUCGCCCAGCAGCAGCAGCAACAACAACAACAACAACAGCAGCAACAUUGACAAUAACAACAGCGAUGCGAUCAAGAAUCAAAACGGCAACAGCAACAGUCAACACUCGCCGCUCUGCUCGCCCAUGGCGCAAGCAUCGAGCGACUUCCUGGCGCAGCUGCCACACGCGCGUGCUCCACAGCUGCCGCCGCAUUUGCAUGCGCAGCUGAUGGCCGCCGCCGCCUUGGCCAUGCAACAGCCCACGCAAGCGCAGUCGCUUGCCACACAGCCCGGCAGCAACAGCAGCAUUGGCAGCAACUCUGCCUACGAACUGGACCUGAGCGCUCCACGCUCCACCUCCAGCCCCGGCUCCAAUGCGGGCGAGCUCAGCGCCGGCGGCUUCCCCUGCAUGCAAUGCACCGCCGCCUUCCCCAGCCGCGAGCAGCUCGAGCAGCAUCAGCUGCUGCACUCGCCCAACGGCCAGCAGACCACACACAAUGUGACGCAGACAUGUAAAAUUUGCCACAAGGCCUUUGCCAAUGUUUAUCGCCUGCAGCGUCACAUGAUCAGCCAUGAUGAGUCCGCACUGCUGCGCAAAUUCAAAUGCAAUCAAUGCGACAAGGCGUUCAAGUUCAAGCAUCACCUGAAGGAGCACGUGCGCAUCCAUUCCGGCGAGAAGCCCUUCGGCUGCGACAACUGCGGCAAGCGCUUCUCGCACUCCGGCAGCUUCAGCUCCCACAUGACUUCGAAGAAGUGCAUCAGCAUGGGCCUGAAGCUCAACAGCAGUCGCCAAAUGCUCAAGACGCUGGACAAGAAUGCGAGUGCCGCACGCUCGCCCACGCAGCAGCAACAGCAGCAGCAGCAGCAACGUGUCUGCAAGCUGCCCGAGCAGGUGGCGCCACAGCCGCCGCCGCCGCAGCAUGCAAUGAAUUAUUUCGCUGGCGAUGCAAAUGCAGCGGCGGCAGCAGCAGCGGCUAAUGCAGCCACGCCCUUUUAUCCCAACUAUACGGCCAUGAAUGCAGCGCUGCUGGCCUUUCCCUUUAUGGAUCCACGCAUGCAUUCCUACAGCUUCCAGCGACUGCUGGAGCUGACAGUGGGACAGCAGCAGCAGCAGCACCAACAGCAGCAACAGCAUGAGCUGCAGCUGCCGCACAAGCAGGAGCUGGAGCGCGCAGAAACACCAAAGCUGGUUAUGGACUUGGAGCCGUCGCAGCCAAAGGCGCCAGCCACGCCUGAAGCGCAAGCCACAACUGAACUUGAAGCCAGCAUUAAGCAAGAGCACAGUCGCGAGCCUACACCUGCGCCCGAGUCACCCAAGUGCAUCAAGCAAGAGGCAGAGCAGCAGCAGCAGCAGGACGAACACGAAGCCGAGCCAGAGCUGGAGCCAACGCCUGCUGCUGACCAAGAAGCCUUUGAGUCGGAGCUGCGCUGCAGUCGCUGCGCCAAGACAUUCAAUCAUCAAACCGAGCUGGUGCAGCACGAGAAAGUGCUCUGUGGUCUGAUCAAAGAGGAGCUGGAGCAGCAGUACCAGCAACAGCAGCAACAACAACAACACUCCAGCUUUGCCAGCGAGCUAGAUGAUGAUGAGGAGGAGCUGGAGGAGCCGCGUCAGGAUUACAACACGGGCAGCGACAGUGGCGAGCGCAAAGUGCGCGUGCGCACCGCCAUUAACGAGGAGCAGCAGCAGCAGCUGAAGCAGCACUAUGCACACAAUCCGCGUCCCAGUCGCGAUGAGUUUCGUUUGAUUGCCGCGCGCCUGCAGCUGGACGCGCGUGUGGUGCAGGUUUGGUUCCAAAACAAUCGCUCGCGUGAGCGUAAAAUGCAAAGCUUUGCAGGCAGUGCCGACUCAGCGACGCCACGCAAUGCUGGCGAUGAUCAGCCGCUGGAUUUGUCAGUCAAGCGCGAUGCUUCGCCCGUUUAUGGGCUGGCGCCACAGCAGGCGGCAGCAGCGCCCGUUGUGGAGCUGCCACAUGAAAUGGCCAUCAACUUGAGUCGCAAGCUCUGCAGCUCGGCGUCCAUGUCGCCAGCAUCGCUCUCACCCUGCUCGGCCAGCGCGGCCAGCAAUGUCACCUUGCAGCAAAAUGCGGCAGCAGCAGCUGCCGCUGCGCUCUACUUUGCGCCCAACUCGCCGCCCAGUUUGCAUGAUGCUGCGCCACGCCCACAGCUGUUUCCACACCUGGGCAACUACAUGAUGCCCAAUCUGCCCAUGGAGGCGCUCAUGCCGCUGCCCAAUCCGCUCAUGAACAGUAUUAAGCUGCCCGACUUUCGUGGCAACAGUCUGAGUCCCGCCGGCUCGGAGAAGCGCUCCUGGCGCGACGAUGACCUGCGCAUCUCGCAUGAGGAUGAUUACAUGCUAGCUGCUGCCGCCGCCGCGGGUGGAUUGCUGCCGCCCAAGCCGAAGCGCGUCAAGGCCGAAACGCAUGGACAUGCUGGCGAUCCCGAUCUGCCCUUCGUAUGCGAUCAAUGCGACAAGGCGUUCGCCAAGCAGAGCUCGCUGGCGCGUCACAAAUACGAGCAUUCCGGUCAACGUCCGUAUCAGUGCAUGGACUGCCCCAAGGCCUUCAAGCACAAGCAUCACCUGACGGAGCACAAGCGUCUGCAUUCGGGCGAGAAGCCAUUUCAGUGCUCCAAGUGCCUGAAGCGCUUCUCCCACUCGGGCAGCUACAGUCAGCACAUGAACCACCGUUACUCGUACUGCAAGCCCUACAGGGAAUAGGUAAGCGACACCUCAGUGCCGCCCACCUGCAUCACAGCCAACAAUGCCACGCCCACAACGCGUGCGCGGCGUGGCGCCAACACAGCCAGAAGCAACAACAAUCAGCAACACAACAACAGCAACAACAACAACAACAAUGGAGCGAGCAGCUAUCAACAACAAUUGGCCAACAUGCGCUUCCAGCCGCGUCUGCCUUGGCCCAGCGCUGGCGUCAUGCUACCACCACCGCCACACAGCCAACGUAGCAACAUUUUGCCACCACCACCAGCUCUAUAUGUGCCAGCAAAUGGAGCACCGUCUUGGCCACUGCAUCAUCAUCAUCAUGCGGGAUUGUUGGCGCCGCCGCCGCCGCAUGCGCUGCACAGCGAACGCUUCACUACGCCGCCCACUGCUGUGCCGUCCGCCCAGGGCGGGCACGCCUUCGAUUACUUCAAUGCCAAAAUGCUGCAGCUGAAUGCGCGCCAGUUAACAUAGGUCCAACUAACUAACUAAACAGUGCACUUAAUUGCUGUACUUAAAUGCAAGAGCAACAAAUUGCCAAUUGUCGAACUAAAAAAUCUCAAAUUUGUGCAGGAACACAAAAACAAAAACAAGUUAACAAAGAGAUAUGGAGAGAGCGUUAGCCUGUUAUCCACACACACACACUCACACACAAUCUUUUUGUUUAGAAAGCAGUUGAAAUAUUUUUU